AUGGCUUCGACAUUCCCAGAUCUCCCAAUCUUUCAUGCGAUUGCCUCGCACGACCCUGAGAGCACAGCGAUCAUACACUCCGUUUCCAAUCGGAAGUUUUCAUAUGGCGAAUUGUUGACAGAUGUGGAGAAGGCGAAGAUCAGAUUAUAUCAUCAAUUGAAAGAUGCUUUGACAAACGGCCAAUCCAUCGGAGGGCAAAGGGUCGCUUUCCUUGUCGAGAAUGGCUAUGACUAUGUAGUGACAUUACUGUCGAUUUUCGCCUGCGAUGGCAUUGCAGUACCUCUCUCAUCCUCGUUCCCUGCGUCCGAAUUGCGAUACAUUCUCGACAACAGCCAAGCGCUCACACUGUUGUCUUCAGAUAAAUUCAAGAAGCAAGCCGAGACAGUGUUGCAGGAGGGUUUGGAGCGAAGGCCUACGUUGAACAUCGUUGAGAAGUUGAUGUCUGGUAGUGGUCGUGACGAGGUCCAACUGGUUCAGCUGCCAGAAACAAGAGGAGGGUUGAUGCUCUACACAUCGGGAACGACAAGCAGGCCGAAAGGAGUCGUCUUGAACACCUCCACUUUGACUGCACAAGCGCUUUCCCUCUACGAAGCAUGGAAAUACACCCCCAAAGAUCGCCUACUUCAUCUCCUCCCUCUCCAUCAUAUUCACGGUACCGUCAACGCCCUCCUCACGCCCCUCUUCGCCGGCUCGUCAAUUGAAUUUCUCUUUCCAUUCAAUGCAGACGCUGUAUGGGAUCGGCUGGCAGCACCAUUCUUACCGUCGUCGCAAAAGAAAGCAGAGAACGAGCCCAUUACAUUUCUGACAGCCGUCCCUACUAUCUACAACCGCCUCCUCUCUUCCCAUCCCAGACUCGCACCAGAAGUACAGGACGCUGCACGAGAAGCCGUCUCUCCCAACAACAUGCGUCUGAACAUAUCAGGCUCUGCUGCGCUACCGACUCCGACCAAACAAGCGUGGUCAGAUUUGAGCAAGGGCAACAUCCUGCUGGAGCGUUACGGCAUGACGGAAGUGGGAAUGGCGCUCAGCUGCGGUCUAGCCUUCGAAGAUCGAGUGGAUGGAAGCGUUGGAUGGCCAUUACCCGGGGUGGAAGUGCGCCUGGUAGAUGCUGAAAAUGGAGAGGUCAUUGAACCCGGUCAGGAGUCCGAUGCUGCAGGCAAAGAAAGAGAAGGGGAGAUCCAGCUACGAGGACAAACCAUCUUUCGCGAGUAUUGGCGGAACCCGAAGGCCACAGAAGAAGAGUUCGCUAAGGCGGACGACGGAGGUGGGAAAUGGUUCAAGACAGGUGACGUGGCGAGCAGGAGACAGGUCGAAGGAGCUGGACAAAGCGAGCAGGCGUGGGCGAAGGGACCGUGCUACUUCAUCAAGGGCAGGAAGACUACUGACAUCAUCAAGACGGGAGGAGAGAAGGUGAGCGCAUUGGAGAUUGAGAGGGAGCUGUUGUCGCUACCUCAAGUAUCAGAAGCCGCUGUCGUCGGCGUUGCAAACGAGCAAUGGGGCCAGAAGGUAUCGGCUGUCCUCGUGCUCGAUCCUGCGCAGGCGCAAACGGGGAAGGGAGGGAAACCGUGGGGCGUAAUGGAUAUGAGGAGGGCGCUGAAGGACAAGCUUGCUGGGUAUAAGAUUCCGCAGGAGCUCAAAGUUGUGGAUGACUUGCCGAAGAAUGCUAUGGGAAAGAUCAACAAGAAGAGCCUUGUCAAAGAGGUUUUUGGGCCGGAUGCAUGA